GCAGCCUUAUAGCCAGUUUACACCAUCUUUGUCAUGAAGAUAACCGCAGUGCCAGUACUUCUGAGCCUGGCUCUUUGCCUCAUACAAGAUGCUGCCAGUGAGAAUGAAAAUCAGGAAACGUGCGAUGAAUAUAGGGCAUUGAUGAAAAAUGGGAAGCUCUUCUGUCCCCAGGAUAAAAAACUUCAAAGCCCUGAUGAAAUAUUGUUCCUCAACAAAUGUGCCACGUGCAAAAUGAUAUUGGAAAAAGAAGCCAAAACCCAGAAAAGGGCUCAGCGUUUAGCAAGAGCCACCACAGCCGCUGCUCCAGCAAAGCUGAACUGUGCUGAUUUCAGGAAGGCAGAAGGAGGUGGGGAUUUUAUCUGUACCCCCGAUGACGCAGCUGUCUGUGGCACCGACGGGAAGAGGUAUAGCAGCAGGUGUGCCCUGUGUGCUGCGAACCUUAAAACCAAGUCCCAAGUCGGCAUAAAGAAUGAAGGGGAAUGUGAAAGCAGUGAUCCAGAGCAGGAUGUUUGUAGUGCUUUUCGGCCUUAUGUGAGGAAUGGAAGACUUGGAUGCACGAGGGAAAAUGAUCCAGUUCUUGGUCCUGAUGGAAGGACACAUGGCAAUAUGUGUGCCAUGUGUGCUGAGCUGUUCUUAAAAGAAGCUGAAGAAAAUCGCAAGCGACAAGACGAAACCAGAAUUCGACGAAGUGCUGAAAAGGAUUAUUGCAAGGAAUAUGAAAACCAAGUGAGGAAUGGAAGACUUUACUGUACACGGGAGAGUGACCCGGUCCGUGGCCCUGAUGGCAGGAUGCAUGGCAACAAGUGUGCCCUGUGUGCUGAUGUUUUAAAACGGCGUUUUGCAGAAGAAAAAAAUAAAGCGGAUGAAAACCUGAGAAAGGCUGAAGAAAAAGUUAAAGUUAAAAGAGAAAUCGAGAAACUCUGCAGUGACUACCAGGCUCAUGCAAGGAAUGGAAUACUUUUCUGUACCAGAGAAAAUGACCCCGUUCGCGGUCCCGAUGGGAAGAUGCACGGCAACUUGUGUUCCAUGUGUCAAGCCUUCUACCAAGCAGAAGUGCAAGAGAAGAAAAAGGCAGAAGCAAGAAAUAAGAGAGAACCAGGAAAAGCACCCUCAUUUGCAGAGCUGUGCAGUGACUACCGCAAGUUUGUGAGGAAUGGCAGACUCGCUUGCUUCAGAGAGAGUGACCCCAUCCAGGGCCCAGAUGGGAAAAUGUAUGGCAACACCUGCUCCAUGUGUGAGGUCUUCUUCCAAGCAGAAGAAAAAGAAAAGAGAAUGAAGGAAGCUGAAUUGAGAAAUAAGAGAGAAUCUAAGACUACAACUUCCUUUGAGGAAUUGUGCAGCGAGUUCCGCAAGUCGAGGAGGAAUGGGCAGCUGCUGUGCACCAGAGAGAACGACCCCAUCCAGGGCCCCGACGGGAAAAUGCACGGCAACACCUGCUCCAUGUGUGAGGCCUUCUUCCAACAAGAAGAAAGAGCAAAGGCAAAGGCCAAAAGAGAAGCUGCAAAGGAACUCUGCAGCGAGUUUCGGAGCCAGGUGAGGAAUGGGUUGCUCAUAUGCACCAGGGAGAGCGACCCCAUCCGCGGCCCAGACGGCAAAAUGCACGGAAACAAGUGCGCCAUGUGUGCAAGUGUGUUCAAACUUGAAGAAGAAGAAGAGAAGAAAAAUAAUGGCAAGGAAGGAAAGGAGAGAGGUGACGCUGAGAAAGUUAAGAGAGAAGCAGUACAGGAGCUGUGCAGUGAAUACCGUAACUAUGUGCGGAACGGGCGGCUUCCCUGCACCAGAGAGAAUGACCCCAUCAAGGGCCCAGAUGGGCGAGUCCAUGGCAACACCUGCGCCAUGUGUGAGGCCUUCUUCCAGCAAGAAGCGAAAGAGAAAGAAGCUGAAUCCAGAGCAAAAGUGAAGAGAGAAGCUGAAAAGGACACUUGUGGUGAAUUCCGGAGCCUUUUGCAAAAUGGAAAUCUCUUCUGCACACGAGAAAAUGAUCCCGUGCGUGGCCCAGAUGGCAAGACCCAUGGCAACAAGUGUGCCAUGUGCAAAUCAGUCUUCCAGAAAGAAGAUGAAGAAAGAAAGAGGAAAGAAGAGGAAAAGCAGAGAAUUGCUUCAGAGCACGGUUCCAACGGUGGCGGAGGAGGGAAAGCUCAGGACCAAUGUGCUGAGUUUCGGGAAAAUAUGAAAAAUGGAAAACUCAGCUGUACCCGGGAGAGUGAUCCCGUACGUGACGCUAACGGCAAAACGUACAACAAUAAGUGUUCCAUGUGUAAAGAGAUACUGGAAAGACAAGCAAAUGGAAAUAAUUAUUCUGGCUAUAGAGCAAAUGGGACUGAAUCAGCAUCAGGAAAGGAUAUGUGCGAUGAGUUUAGAGGCCAAAUGAAAAAUGGACAACUUAUCUGCACCCGAGAGAGUGACCCUGUCCGUGGUUCAGAUGGGAGGAUACAUGGCAAUAAGUGUGCAGUGUGCAAGGAAAAGCUGGAAAGGGAAGCAGCUGAAAGGAAAAAGAAAGAGGAGGGUGACAGGCAAAACACAACAGAAAAGAGCAACGAAAACCAGGAUCAGUGUCAUGAAUUCCGGAGCCUAGUGAGAGAUGGGAAGCUCAUCUGCACCAGAGAAAAUAACCCAGUUCGAGGUCCAUAUGGGAAGAUGCACGUCAACAAGUGUGCAAUGUGUCAGAGCAUCUUCGAGCGAGAAGCCAGUGAAAGGAAAGGGAAUGGUGAAGACAGGUCGCACGACAAGCCUCCGAAUGAUAAAAAGGACCAGUGCAGAGAGGUUCAGAAAGGAACGGCGAAUGGAAAGCCUGGGCAGUCUGGGCAUAACGGGGCCUCCAUUGCCAGCAUAAGUGCAGAUGAGUGUGCUCACUUUCGGCAGUACCUGAGGAACGGUGAGCUCCUGUGCACUCGGGAGAAUGACCCCGUGCGUAGUGCCGAUGGAAAGUUCUAUAAAAACAAGUGCUACAUGUGCAGAUCUAUCUUUCAAAAAGAAGGUUUGGAAAGGGCAAGACUUCAAGAAAAGCCAAGCCAACCUCGAGCUUCCAAAGAGGAGGACAGCCCAGAUUCCCCCAAAUCUUCUCUGGAUUCUGAGAUGUGCAAACACUACCGAGUGUUGCCCAGGAUGGGUUACCUUUGCCCAAAGAAUUUACAGCCUGUCUGUGGUGAUGAUGGCCAGACAUACAACAAUCCCUGCAUGCUCUGCCACGAAAACCUAAUUCGCCAGACCAACACGCGCAUCCGCAGCAAGGGGCCAUGCGAGAGCAGCACCCCGGACACGCCGCCUGGCCGCGGGCCCUCACCUGUAAGUACACCGCGGCCUGUCGCGGUGCCCCGGCCGGUUGGUGAAGAUAACUAGGCCAAAUGAUGCCAGGAUUGGUGAAAGCCACGAAGAACAAUGUGUAUCCUGAUUCUGAACUGCCUACCUUCACCAUCUGUAUAUACAGAGAAUUCUUUGGAGCUCGUCUUAUUUACUGUAGAAAACCAUAGAGAGCUGUUGGGGGAAUGGACUCGCUGACUUUCAGUCUUCUCCAUAUCUUUCCUCCUAGGUCCUGUGAUCAGUGGACACGGGGACAUCCCCACCCAGUCUGUGCCCUGCAGACUUCCUGAUCACAACGCUGUCUGUCCGAUUACUUGUUCAAUAAAAGUAAACCCAGCAGAA